GGAGAAUAAAUAAACAAAAUUAAGUUAGACCGAUAAAAUCCUAACGCCAUUGAAAUGAGCGGACAAGCUACUUAAUGACGUCACGACGAGACACGCCCACGUCACGCGCGCGGAGAACCUCACGCGUCGCAGUGCCAAUCGCGUCCCGAUUGGUCAAACGCGUCCUGAUUGGUCAAUCGCGUCCCGAUUGGUCAAGCGCGUCCACGCCCCCUCGCGCACGCCCCGCCCUCCAUUAGCUUCGGGGAAGAAACCGGAAGAGGAAGUGUCAUCUCAGCUGUCACUGCCGCCACCGAAGCCGAAUCCUUUGUGGCAGCGCAGACUCGGGCGGCCGCGGAUAGACGCCGACAGACGCCGCGAUGGGCGUCAACGUGAACGUGGAGUACUGUGGUGGCUGAGGGUACGAGCCCCGCUACCAGGAGCUGGCUGCCAACAUCUUAAAGCAGGCUCCUGGGGCGGAGGUGAUUGGCCAAGUGGGCCGGUCAGGUAGUUUUGAAGUGACCGUCAAUGGCGAGCUCAUCUUCUCCAAGCUGGAAUGUGGUGGCUUUCCCUUCGCCGAGGACAUCAUCGCAGAGGUGAAGAAGGCGCAGGGGGGCGAGAAGGUGGUGAAGGUGACGAAGAGCCAGGCCCCAUGCGUCAUCCUCUGACCACGAUGUUUGUCAGCCUUCAGCUGUACUUGAUUUAAACACUCUGCGUUCUGGCCAAUGAAGGUUUAAACUGGAAAUUAAGUCACUAGUUUAAGCUGGAAGUCUUCCAGACGUGGUGUUUUUGGAACUUGUCAGCAGCUAUUGUGAGACAAAAUCGUGCUUUAAUAAAUAAUGCAUGAUGAAAAUUAAGGAGCUAUUUAAUAUUUAAAGCUUAACCAGGGGAUAUAAGGAUUUUUGUAAAUCGGUGCCAGAUAUGUAUUUGCUGUUUGUUAACGGUUGCAUUCACAACACUGAGUGCCUCACUUUUUGGUUCAAAUGAAUUGGUAAUAAACCACUGCUCGUGA